UUAUUUUUCUGCAUCAUAUGGCAAGCAUACAGUAGAGCAGACAGAGGUCGUUGGCAACUUGGCGUUUUGCUUCUCCGGAGUCGGAAGAGACAGCCUUCCGGGGAUACAUUGGUUAGAGAGAGAAGAAAAUGAUGGCGUCCGUUUGCCUCUCAGUACCCACCUCCAAAACCCUAUCUAUGCCUUCUCCAUCUUCACCAACAACAGCUACAUACAAAUCUUCAGCUGCUGCUGCUUCUUCUUCAUCCGCUGCCGCUACUGCUAUUUCUGCCCACACGUGCCGUCUAGUUCGCUGCAGAUGCUCUAUGCUUUCCAUUCCUAUGUUCGAUUCCCGGCUCUUCGUUUCAAGUAACCGUGCGAGAGCGAAGAAAUUGCAGCUGGUUCGUAUGGCCCCCGACGAAGAGAAGCUCACUCGCCGCAAUCCCCUAGAUUUCCCCAUCGAAUGGGAGAGGCCAAAGCCAGGGCGUCGACCUGAUAUAUUCCCCCAGUUUAGCCCUAUGAAAACACCCUUACCACCUCCAUUGCCUUAUGAUCCACCAGAAGAAGAUGAGGAAGACGAAGAGAAAAAAGAGGAAGAGGAGGAAGACCCUGAAACGGAAGAGCCAGAGCAGCCUGAUAAGCAGUAGAACUCUGUGUCAGCGGCAAAGUGUGGGGCCUUCAACCUCUUCGGAAAUUUUGUUUUUUUUGCUCAUUCACUUAAUUCACGUUUGCUUCAUCUCGUGCAUAUGUAUAGUGGAUGAUAAUGUAAUGGUCAUCCAGGUAGAAGGCUACUUAAAGCAGCAUUUCGGAGUUUGGGCUUAAGAUACCACGGAGUAUUCUUGUUGAGACUUUUUUCAGGCAAACUUGUGAAGAAUGGCUUCAAUUUCUGUUUUGGUAGACUUUUAAGUGAUAUAAGAGAUUGGAUUCAAUGGA